UUUUUCAUCAGAUACAGGUAUCAAAACCAAGCGUCAUUUUGGUUUUAUUUUUUUCAAUAUCAACAUUUUUGUUAAAAUUUCAAUUAUAAAUCCAUAAAUUUAAUACAAAAAAGUAUUAAUAUGUCUGAAGCAUGGGAUAUGGAAAUAAAAGCAAUCAAAAAUAAACGCAACACUUAUCGUGAAAAGUUAGAAAAACGUAAAAAAGAACGACACGAUAUCCUUUCAUCGACUGCCACUUUGUUGUCGUCACCAAACAGUGGAACUAGCACAAAAAAUGAUCCAACUGAAGAUUCACAAGCUCCUAAUAAAUCGGAAACAGAAUCCGAUACAGAAAUCGAAAAGACAAUCCUACAAAUGCUAUCUUCUAGCUCAUUGGUGCUUCCUAUUAUAUCAACCCAACUCAUUGAGAAACUUGAAAGAAAUCUUGACAAAUCAGCUCCAAAAGAGUUGGUCAAUUAUAUUUUGAAUAAAUUAUCCAAUCAAGGUGCAAUCAGCAUUAAGAGUGUAACAAUUGGCAAAGAAGUCGGUUGCGAAGUUAUCUCUGUUCAGAGAACUGCCGUUCUGAAUCUCUACAAAGAGUUUGUAUCCGAAUCGUAUGGAGUUAAAGAUGAAUUUAAACGAAAAUAUGAAAAUGACGAAGAUGACGAUGAUAGCAAUUCCAGAAAAGCCAUCAAAAUCGAUAAUGAUCGUAAAAUGAACAAAGAUAGCAGCAGCAAUGAUGCUUCGGAUGAUAUCAUGUCCCUUCUCUCGAUGCCUUCUACUCGAGAGAAACAAAGUAAACAAGUUGGCGAGGAGAUCCUCGAACUUCUUACUAAACCCACAGCCAAGGAACGAUCUUUAGCAGAGAAAUUCAAAUCCCACGGAGGAGCUCAGGUGAUGGAGUUCUGUCCCUAUGGCACGAAAGUCGAGUGUCUCAAAGCCCAACAGGCCACAGCUGAGAUGGCUGCCAAAAAGCGACGUGAAAUUGAACAGAAUGCAGUCUCCGACAAGGCCGAGGAUUCAAAUGCCGAGACAAACUCGAGUGGAACUCCUGAUGAAUCAUCGACAACCAACUCGGAGGAAUGCAAAAAAGAAGAACCAGCUGCUGACUUGCUGGUAGCGCCCAUCAUCGAGGAGAUCAUCACCGAGAACUCGGAUAAAUGCACGAAGUUGCAUUUUAAGAAAAUCAUUCAAUCGCAUACAGAUGAAUCUCUGGGUGAUUGCAGUUUCUUAAACACUUGCUUCCACAUGGCCACAUGCAAGUAUGUUCACUAUGAAGUGGAUGCCCAUCCGAAUAUCAACAACAACAAGCACGAAGAUGUCAAGACUAACCUCUGCAUUAAGAGGAACACAGAUCCGAGUGUGACACUGUAUCCGCCACAGUGGAUUCAGUGUGAUCUGAGAUAUCUGGAUAUGACUGUUUUGGGCAAAUUCGCCGUGGUCAUGGCUGAUCCUCCGUGGGAUAUUCAUAUGGAGUUGCCAUAUGGAACCAUGUCGGAUGAUGAAAUGAGACAGCUGGGUGUUCCAGCCUUACAAGAUGAUGGUUUAAUAUUCCUCUGGGUGACUGGUCGAGCUAUGGAAUUAGGCAGAGAGUGUCUAAAACUUUGGGGUUAUGAACGUGUUGAUGAAUUAAUUUGGGUUAAAACCAAUCAAUUGCAAAGAAUCAUUCGAACUGGACGUACUGGUCAUUGGCUUAAUCAUGGCAAAGAACAUUGUCUUGUUGGAAUGAAAGGCAAUCCAACUAAUUUAAAUCGUGGUUUAGAUUGCGAUGUUAUUGUAGCUGAAGUUCGAGCUACCAGUCAUAAACCGGAUGAGAUAUAUGGAAUUAUCGAACGACUUAGUCCGGGUACAAGGAAAAUCGAACUUUUCGGUCGACCACAUAAUGUUCAACCGAAUUGGAUAACUUUGGGGAAUCAAUUGGAUGGAAUUCGUUUAGUUGAUCCGGAAUUGAUAACACAAUUUCAGAAACGAUAUCCAGAUGGUAAUUGCAUGGCGCCAGCGCAGGGCGCUAAAAAAUGAUGAUGAAGGUCGCAUGGGAGUGUUUUAAUUUUGUUUGCAUUUAUAUUUAAGAACAAAAAAACAACAAUUAUUUAGAAUAUUUUGUUUAAUAUUUUUAAUUUUAGUCUUCAACAAAUUUCGUUUAAA